AUGUCUCGUCCAGACUCGGACCCCGAGAAUCUCCAAUCUGAUCUCGCCAUCGUCGGCUCCGGCGACCUCAAACUCGUCGACAGCGAACAAGAACUCCUAGAGCCUUAUGCGAAGUUCCGUGAGAACCCCGUGAAUGCCAUCCAAGAACUCGGCCUUCACGUUCUAGGCACAGCAUGGCGCUCCUACGACAAGAUCCUCGGCCGCGAGAUUUUCUACCCCGGCUAUAGCGAUAAGAUUAAGGACAAUGUUCUCGCGCAGCCGAUGCUGAGAUCCAAGAUCCGGGAAUUGGCGAAGAAGAGGGUGGAAGUUGAGAUCCAUGAAGAUCUGCUUGGGGAGAAGGGGUUGGAGGGGGAGGCGAAUAGGGAGAGGAGGGAUAAGAGGAGGAAGGAGAUUGAAGCGCAACUUUUGGAGAUUGCGGAGGAGUGGACGGGGCAGAUGAUCUGUAAGAUGGAUUCGAAGUAUUUCAUCCGAGGGGCGUACUACAUGUGCACGCAGCUCCUUACGCGGGCGUAUCAUCAGGGGAUUCACGUUUCGAGCCAGGAGGUGUUGCAGUUGCGACAGGUUGCGGAGGAGGCGGCGAAGAAGAGGCAGGGGAUUAUUUUCUUGCCGUGUCAUCGGAGUCAUGUUGACUAUGUCUCGCUGCAGCUGAUCUGCUACCGUCUGGGUCUGGCAUUGCCGGUUGUCGUCGCGGGCGAUAAUUUGAACUUCCCGCUGGUGGGACCUUUCCUACAGCAUGCUGGUGCGAUGUGGAUACGACGGAGCUUUGGGGAUGAUCAGCUUUAUACGACGCUCGUGCAGAGUUAUAUCGAUACUUUGCUGCAGAAUGGGCAUAACUUUGAAUGUUUCGUCGAAGGAGGAAGGAGCAGAACGGGAAAGCUUCUGCAGCCGAAGUUUGGCAUCUUGAGCUUCCUGCUCGAUAGCGUCAUGUCAGGACGGGUUGAGGAUGCCAUGGUAUGUCCUGUCAGCACGCAGUAUGACAAGGUCAUCGAGGUGGACUCGUACAUCUCGGAACUGCUGGGCCAGCCGAAGAAGAAGGAGGAUCUGUCGCAGUUCUUGUCGGCGAGUAAUGUGUUGAGUCUGAAGUUGGGACGGGUGGAUGUUAGGUUCCAUAAGCCGUGGAGCUUGAGGCAGUUCAUUGAUGAGCAGAGGCCGAGACUUUCGCAGCGAGGGCCGAGCGUGGAGAGUAAUUUUGAUCAGACGUUGAGGAGGAGGUUGUUGACGACGUUUGGGUAUAAGGUCUUGUCGGAGAUUAAUGAUGUGUCGGUGGUUAUGCCUACAGCGCUGGUAGGCACUGUUCUACUCACAUUGGCCGGCCGAAGCGUCGGACGCAGCGAGCUAAUCCGACGAGUCGAAUGGCUCAGCCUCCGUGUCCGCGCUGCUGGAGGGCGAGUCGCUCACUUCGCUGAAAGUGCCAUCGAAGGUGUCAUCGACAAAGCACUGGACGUUCUGGGUCCCAACAUGGUAGGCCGCAUCAUCGAGAACGGCGCACCGGAGGAGAUGUACUACGCCGAGGACCGCUUCCAGCUCAGCUUCUACCGGAAUAUGACGAUCCACCUCUUCAUCUCACAGGCCCUGGUGUGCGCGGCGAUGUACACCCGCGUGAAGAUUGGCGAGGAGAGGAUGUCGUAUCAGGAGUUGUUCGACUAUACUUACUUCCUUAGUCAGCUCUUCCGGGCGGAGUUCAUCUUUCCUACUGCGCCGUUUGAGGAGAAUUUGCAGACGAUGCUUCAAGGACUUGUUGAUGAUCAAGUCCUCACUGUUCUUCGAGGUCAGGAUGGGAAGAUUGAGUUCAUUGAGAUUCACGCUGAGGAGCGUGGUCUCGAUCUUGAGAACUUUGACUUCUAUAACUUCUUGAUCUGGCCAUUCAUCGAAGCGUCCUGGCUCGGUGCGAUUGCCAUCUUCAUGCUUGCGCAACGGUCCACUUCACCUAAUGCUGAAGCUUGGGUCGAGAUGAAGGCAUUCCAAGACAAGGCACAACUUCUCGGGAAGACGCUAUACCAUCGCGGCGACCUGUCGUACUACGAAGCUGUCAACAAGGAGGCCCUCAAGAACGCCAUCUCCCGCUCAGAGGAAGAAGGUAUCAUCCUCGUGACCAGACCACCCAAGGACAGCAAAGCACCGCAACGAACCAAGCUGGACGCUGACUGGAUGCCACAGCACACAUCACAAGGCGAGCUCGUGCCUGAAGGCAAGCUGUGGGAGUUCUGUGAACAUGUCAACAAGAGUCGACGAGACGCGCCAGGCAAGAAAGAGGGCGCCACGGUGAGGAGGAGGAUUCAGGGCUUGGCUCAGGUUAUUGGUGAAGGGCUGUGGGAGGAUGCGGUGCUGGAGCCGGAUGGUGUGCCGAUGAAGAUCAGGAGGAGGCAGGGGAUACAGACGGGUGGGCAGGUUGGGGCGAAGUUGUGA